UUUUUUAUUUCGUGGGAAGCAAAGCAAGUGAGAGAAACACAUUCUUCUCUCUAAGCCUUUUGGCUCAGAAUUCAAAAGCACCUGGUGAAGUUGGUAAUUCAUUCAAGGAGGACCUGCAUUUAAUUUUUCUACAUGGCUUCUCAUAUUCGCAAGAGAAGCUUUGAGAGGAACAGUAUGGAGCCAAAGGUAGAACAAAAGCCCCCAAAGAUCAAGCUAAGUAAUUCCCCUGAGAUAGAUGUGGAAACCCUUAAGAAGAACUCACACAUGCUUGUGUCACCAACAUCUCAAAGCAUAACUCGAAAAAAUUCAAAUGGAAGGCUGAAUUGUCUAUGCUCACCCACCACACAUGUUGGCUCCUUUAGAUGUCGACACCAUCGAUCUGCUGUAAUGCGUCGUGGUAGGUCUAUUGGCUCUAACCUUGCUGCAUUAGGAUCUGAAGCAGGCUCCAUCAGUGACUCCCUCCAAGCUCAAUAGCUUUCAUUACAAGGAAUAGGGUUGCACACAUAUAUAUACAUGUGCAUACACCUAUACAAAUCAUCACCACCAAUUGUUCAAAGUAUUCAUUAUAUGAUUCCUUUAGUUUGUUAAUGAUAUAUAUAAUAUGAAAAUUUAUUUGUUUUGAACAAACUUAACAGUUAACACCAUGUUCAAUUUAUUUGUGUGGUGAU